AUGUCUGGACACGAGUAUUGGUUGAUAUCAGCGCCGGGAGAGAAGACCUGUCAGCAGACGUGGGAAUCGCUGAACGCGACGACCAGUCGUCAGUCGGAUCUCUGCAAGAAUUUCAAGUUUCAUAUCCCGGACCUAAAGGUGGGAACUCUGGACCAAUUGGUCGGCCUAUCGGACGACUUGAAUAAGUUGGACACAUAUGUGGAGGUGAUCUGUCGUAAACUGGCCGCCAGUAUAGCCGACACACUGGACGCCAAGGAGAGGAGUCCGCAACAGAUCAGUGAACACAUUCAGGCGAACGGUCAGGAUUUGGCACAAUAUGUGACCAAAUUUCAGUGGGAUUUAGCGAAGUAUCCGAUCAAACAGUCGCUGAAGUCAUUGCAGGACAUCAUAAACAAACAGUUGGGACAAAUCGAUACCGACAUGAAGUCAAAGACCGCCACUUAUAAUAACCUGAGAGGGAAUCUACAGUCGCUGGAGAGGAAGCAAACGGGUUCUCUAUUGGUCCGCAAUUUGAGCGAAUUAGUCAAACGCGAGAACUUUGUCUUAGGCUCGGAAUACUUGACCACUUUGUUGGUUGUGGUGCCGAAGGCCUACUUCAAGGACUGGCAGACGAAGUACGAGAAGUUGACAGACAUGAUAGUCCCGCGAUCGUCGCACCUGAUCUUCGAGGACAACGAUCACGGGUUGUUCACAAUAACGCUGUUCAACAAAGUGGUGGAUGAGUUCAAAGCUCACGCCCGCGAGAAUCGGUUUGUGGUGCGAGAGUUCCAAUACAACGAAGAGGACAUCACCGCCGGGAAGAACGAGAUCGUGAAAAUCGAGAACGACUUGAAACGUCAGUAUCAGAUACUCCUGCGAUGGCUGAAAGUAAACUUCAGCGAAGCGUUCAUCGCUUGGAUUCACGUCAAAGCGUUGCGUCUGUUCGUCGAAUCUGUCCUCCGAUACGGACUUCCAGUUAAUUUCCUAUCGGUUUUGGUUCAUCCGAAUAAACGAACGCAGCGUAAGCUCCGGGAUGUGCUGAACCAACUGUACGCCCAUUUGGACACUUCUAUAUCUCAAGGACCCAUCGAUGACAUUCCAGGCCUUAAUCUCGGGACAGGAGAAUACUAUCCAUACGUUUACUUUAAAAUCAAUAUUGAUAUGUUUGGCACAAAUAUAUAA